AUGAUGUAUUUUAUAGGAAAUGGAGAUGAGUCAUUAUGUUUGUAUGACUUUUCUCUGUUACCUGCUAAGCUUUAUGAUAAGUUUUUCAACUCUUUACCAAAUAUUUUAUAUAAAAAAGUUUCAAACAUAGUUUUCUCAUGCGAAACAUUCGAAAAGUACAAGAAUACAAGUAAUAUAACAAGUAAAAAGUUGAAAGCAAUUACAGAAUCAAUUGCUUAUCAAAAGAAAAAUUAUUUAAAUUAUCUGAUGAAAAUUUUAAUCCAAAUCCUUCCCAAAACCAAGUCACUUAGAUCCCUGCAAUUAAUUUCAUUGGAUAUCAGCGAACUUCAAAUGAAAACUUUAUUUACCUCAAUUGCUCAAUGCAAAACUCUAGAAUGCAUUUCAUUCAAGAACAUAUUCACCACUGAUGAAAACUUCAGUUAUCUUCUUCAAUACAUUUCUCCUUACAAAUAUCGCGAAAUUUCUUUUGUCAAAUGCGGUUUGACAAGCAAAUCAUAUCCAGCUAUUUGCGAGUUUAUACAAAGGAAGCCAUUUACAUCGCAAAUCAACAGAAAACUCAGAAUUCUUAACGUUGAUGAUUGUUUAUUCAGUCUUGAAGAGAUUAACAAGAUUGAAGACUUAGUCAAUGAUGCUCAAGAUGAUCAAACAACUGUUGGCGUGGAAACAGUAACUGUUACUGUUGAUUCUGAAGAAGAUGAAGGAGAAUCUCAAGCGAUUUCAGAACCAGAUGAAGCAAUUGAACGUGGCUUACAGAAUUCUGAUGAACAUGAGUCCAAAUCCCUCGAAAGUCUUCAGAGCAGCACGAUUAAUUCUUCUAAUUUUGCAAAUGUUGAACUACCAAAGCACAGACUUCGUUCACUCAAUCCUGAAUUCACAGAAGCUACAAUUCACCUUAAAAGAAUGACUUUAAGCCAAGAAUAUGAUAUUUCUGAUUUACCAGAGCCAGAAACGUUAUCUGAUUCUCAACUUGCAGCUCAGAAUGAAGAACUUCGUAAGAUUCGUGAUGCUAUUGUAGCAAAAUUGAACGGUUCUUUGUAUGAUGACGAUACAAUUCUAAUUGGCGAAGGAUCCAAAGAACUCUGUGAAGUUAUGAAUGGUAUGAAAGCCAAAAUUGAGGAAUAUGAAGCUCUUCAGGACUAA